AUGACAGAGCAUCACAACAAUGCAGUGGAUCCAAGAAUCCCGGUGCUGAAGGGCGAGACCCUCAAGGAUUUCACGAGGUACAAGCGCGCCGUGCAGGCGGCGGAGCUGAGCUGCGAGACGGAGGAUCAACUACAAGCGCUCGGCCCCAAGCUGUAUAGGAACCUGCUCGGCGCGGACAACAGCAUCAGCGUGCUCAUCGAGCAGACGGACCCCAAGGACUAUGCCAAGAAGGAGGGGGCCCGCGCGCUGCUGGCAUACCUAGAGGCACAGCGCUUCGCCAAGAGCAGUUUUCGGGAGCUGCCGAAGGCAUUCGACGCCUUCUUCGAUCAGACGCACUUCGAGCGGAAAGGUGAGGAACCCAUGGCGGCGUUCUGUACGGCCAUGGAGGUUGCCAAGCGCAACCUGGAGGAGGUGGACCCGGACACGAAGAUAAGCAGCAACGAGCUAGGGUACCACACUCUCAAGCGAAGCGGCCUCGACAAGGACGAGCGCAAUCUGGUGAUUGCACGGGCAGAGGAGACGUUCAACUUCCAGAAGAUCAGCAUGACGCUGAAGAAUCUCUUCCCACGCGGCAGCGCGAAGCAUCGGGGACAAGUCAGAUCGGGCUGGAGAUGGACGAUGAACACCGAAGAGGAGCCACCCGACGAAGAGGAUCCAGGAGAAUACUGGGUACAGGACGAUGACGGAUACUGGUAUGAAUGGGACGAUGAGCGUGGAAUCCACGUGUGUACGGACGAGGGUGACGACAACGGCUGGGACUGCAGCGACCUGUUCUUCAUCGAGGACGAUGCGGACACGUUCCUGGCCGACGAGGACGACGACUACCGCAGGGCCCUCGUCACACUGCGCGAGAGCCGCCUGAAGAUGAACAAGCUUCGGGCUGCUCGGGGGUUCUUCAAGGGAAGAAUCGACGGAGUCGUGGACGAGAGCGCGGCUGCUGGUGGCAAGGCGGCCGGAAGAAGUUUCUCGAAAGGCAACCCUGGCAAAGGAAAGGACAAGGGUAAGUCAAAGGACAAGAGGUGCACCAACUGCGGCCGGAUGGACCACGACACGGCGAACUGUCCGACUGGCGGCUCUACUGGCAAGACGGGCAAGUCCAAGGGCCGCGGCAAGGGACCGAAAGGAGUCCAACGUCCACGACGCUACGGCUUCUGGGCGAUGACGACCUUGGUCUGCGCCGUCCCGGCGUGCGUGAACUUCGUGGGUCAGCUGACCGCUGCGGGCGAGCUGGCCGACAGCGCCGUGGUGCAGACCGCCGAGGACGUCUAUGACAUCAUGACGGUGAGCGUGGAUAGCGAUCCGAUCGUGCCGGAGAGGCUCGAGUUGGAGGUGCUGGUUUCGAAGGAGGCGGUGCCGGCAACCCUGGUGGACAGCGGCGCGUCGGUGGCGGUCGCCGGGCGCGGCUGGCUUGACCGCGUCGAGACCGAGCUCGCGAAGUACGGCCUGAAGCCCAUCAAGGUGGACGCCACGCAGAGGUUCAAGGGGCUUGGCGGUGCCAAGCGUGAAGCCAAGCAGAAGUGGAUCAUCCCCAUCGGCAUUGGGAGGGUCCACGCUAUCCAGGAGUACUUCGAGAUCCCUGGUGACAUGGUCGGCCUCACGAGCAGGAAGAACCUGGCCGACUGGAAGACGAACCUCUACGUACGCGAGGACGGCCACUGGGCGGACUUCCAGGAGCUGGGGGUCUACGACAAGGAGCUGGUGAAGCUUCCAGGCGGCCACGCGGGUAUCGACAUCUUCGACUACGACCUGGAGUCGUACGAGACGGAGCCGCUCUUCGAGAAGUUCCGCAUCCACCAGGUCGACCCCGAGCCGGAGGUGUUCCUGGUCGCGGAGACGCUGCAGGAGGUCAAGCCGGACUUCCAGCUGAAGGACGACGCCGACGCGUGGGUCGCGGAGGCUUUGAAGAACGGCAACAAGGGCAUUCUCAAGAAGAGCACGGUCAAGCGGAUAGACAAGCUCAUGAAGGAGUACGAGGUGAUAUUCGACGUGCUGCGUGACAACUCGGAGACCUUCCUCUGGGAGCUGUUUGCGAAGGAGGCUCGCUUUACCAGAGCGGCCUCGAGAGGUGGUCAUGCGAAUGCGACCCCUUCAGAUCUGUCGGUUGGUGUGAAUUUCAAUGACCCCAAGGUUUGUUCCGAUUUCCUGUUCAUGAUAAAGAUUUUCAAGCCUUGGAUGGUUUCAGUCGCGUUUCCUUGUACGCCCUUCACGAACAUGCAGGAGUUUCAGCGGGCGCAGGGUAUGGGCGACUGGGUCGAUGACAUGGUCGAGGAGUUUACGCCACUGGUCAGCUUCUCGGCGGACGUACUUCGACUACAGGCUGAAGGAGGACGAAUCGGUAUCGGCGAGAACCCGUUGACGAGCCGAGCGUGGAACCAAGAAUCGAUGACGGACCUGAUGAGCUGGAAAGACGACAGGCCACCAUCCUACGACACGGUCACGCUGCACCAGUGCAUGUACGGGCUCGUGGACGAGAACGGGACACCGAUUCGGAAGGCGACGCGCAUGCUGGUACCACAUGGGUCGUGUUUUCCUUCCUGGCUGGAACGCAGAUGUGACGGAGGUCACGUACAUGCGGAGACGGUCGGCCGGAGCGCGAUGCUCUCGCGAUCGGCUGCGUGGCCGGAGGAGCUCGGCAAGACCUUGGUCAAAGCCGGGACGCACGAGCUGGCGAUGCGCACGACCUUGAAGGAGCUGCGGAUCUGGAACAACGGGGAGAAGAUUCCGAGCCGACCAACUGUGAAUGGAGUUGCGAAGGCAUACAAGCUGAGAAAGGAGUUGAUCGACGUGCGCGUGCUGAGGGGCACCGAGGAGAUACCACUGCCUCGAGGAGCUGUACGGCGUAUCUACGCGAUGUACUCCAGCGAGGGCUUGCUGGCCGACUACUCGGAUGCCUACGCGGACGACUUGGAUUUCCAGACGAUCGACCUGGCAGAGAGGUAUCCCUCGGACACGGUCGUGGCGAUUUACGUGAAGGAGCCGAAAGUGCAGACGUCCUAUCCUGCGACGGUGUUUGCCUAUGGAGCCACGCCGAAGGAGUUCAAGCCAGACGACCGAGACGCAGACGCAGUACAUCGAGACCUACACGAAGAGGGGAAAGGUUUCGGGGAUAAGCCCCCGGACAUCACUACGGCCCAGUGGGGCGCUCUUCGGAAGCUCCACUUGAACCUGAGCCAUCCGUCUGCACAUGCCCUCAAGCGACGCCUGAAGUCCUACGGGGUGUCGAAGGAGGUGCUCGAAGCAGUGGACAAGUUGGACUGCACCGUGUGCAAGGAGCUGGGCAGGCCGAACACCACGAGGUCAGCCAAUCUGAAGCUCUCGACGGAGUUCAAUGAGAACGUGUUCCUAGACGAGGCCGAGGUGAUCCUCUCGGACGGGACGCGGCUGAUGGUCAUGGUUAUCCUGGACGACGCUUCGAGCUUCAGGGUGAUCGUGCCGACCACAGCUGUGCGAUCGAUUACGGGCGAGGAGAGCCUACGGUGCUUCUCGCAAGGUUGGUUGUCGUGGGCAGGCCCUCCGAAGGUGCUCUACUACGACGCGGCGAAGGGCCACAUCACGAAGCGGUUCGCGGAGAUCGGUGACAAGUACAACAUCCUGAUGAGGCCGGUCCCGGCGGAGGCGCCUCAGCUGAAGGGAAGAGUCGAGCGUGCCAUCGACUUCUUCAAGGAUCAUUUCCAGCGCCUGAACCGCGACGUGCAGCUCACGAAGAACGACGAACCAACGGUAUGGACUUCAGUGAUAGCGAGCACGUGCAACAACCACAUACGACGCAACGGUUUCACGCCCUACCAGUACGUGCUGGGGAAGUCGCCCGGCACUCCGACUUCGCUGAUCGAGGCGAUGGAGGGCGACCAGAGGCAGCUGGCGGCACAGAGCGCGGCACUCUUCGAGGACGGGCCCCGGCGGGCCGAACAGAUUCGCGCAGCGGCGAAUCGGGCGUUCUUCGAGCUGGACAGCGACGACGCCGUGAGGAGGGCCACGAUCGGGCGAGUCCGACCGCCACGAGGGCCAUUUGUGCCGGGCCAGCUGGUGUUCUACUGGCGCGAGGUGAAGCACGUGAAGUCCAAGAGGCUCCAGGGCGAGCUGGGAUGGCGUGGCCCAGCCAUUGUGCUGGCGACGGAGGGCCACACGAGACUGCACCUGAGUUACCGAGGGGUGCCGGUGCUCGUGACGCCCGAGCAGGUGCGGCAUGCAUCACGCGACGAGGCGGAGAUGGUGGAGAACGAGGACCUGGUCAGGCAGCUCUCGCAGUGGAAGCACCUGGAGCUCAACCUGGAGGGCUACCAGAAGUACCACCACUACCCGGCGACGGGCCGGGACUCCAAGUACACGGACCAGCAUACGACCCACCUGCACCUGAUGCAGCUGGGCAGGGGCACUCUACGGACCUGGACGCAGCUGCUGUGCCAGGUAAUCCGCAUCAUGAACCUGAGCGAGCCGAACAGCCAGGACAGCCAGAACCCGCACCACCGAAGGGAUUCAAGAGGCCACUUCCUGAUGACCGGCUGCAAGACAAGGAACGUCUUCGACUACGACGCGAAGCUCUCAAGCGACCUACCGAUGGGGGACGACAGCGCACUCUACGUCAAGGUGAGCCGCGCGGUGGAGAACCGCACGAGGGAUGCAUUUCUGGCAAGGAGGACCGAUACAGCCAAGAAGCAGGUGGCACCUAAGAAAGGUCGAGAACUACGCAGCAUCCCGGCAGAAUGGAAGGAAGCAUUCGACGCGAGCGACCUGGACGAGUGGCGCAAGUGGAUCCAGUACGACGCCGUGGAGUGGCCGACGGAGAAGGAGCUCGCAGGGGUCGAGAAGGCGGACGUCCUGCCGAUGCGGCGCGUCCGGACGGACAAGAACGAGCCGACGAGGGGCAGCCUCUCGUACGAGCAGCACCCGCUGAAGGCGAAGUCGAGGAACAUCGUCCCCGGGUACAAGGACAAGCAGCUGCUGGCCGGCGAGUUGCAGACGAACGCGCCCACGCUCACGGACACGGCCACGGCGGUGAUUCUCCAGGAGGCGGCCAGCCAGGAGGGCUGGACUCUGGAGCAGGGCGACGUCGACUCGGCGUUCCUGAAUGGGAAGUACCUCGACAGCUCACGACGUGUUUAUUUUCGAGCUCCCAAGGGCGGUCUACCGGCAGUCCCGGAGAUGGGCUGGCCGUUCGUGCCCGAGGGAACCAUCCUGAAAGCGAAGAAGGGGAUCUACGGGCUGAACGACGCACCUUUACUGUGGUACGAGGAGCACCGCGACACAAUCCUGUCAUUGCCCGGGGCUUCGAGAUCCAAGCUGUGCCCGGCUCUCUUCAUCUUCCACGACGAGAACGGGAAGCUGAUCGGCCUCAUCGGGACUCACGUGGAUGACGACUUGGUCGCGGGUUCGCCCGAGUUCUUCGCGAAUCAGGUGGCAACGCUGAGGAAGAUACACUGCUACGGCAAGUGGCAGUCCGCGCGGACAGGGUUUCACCACUGCGGGCGCUUCCUCAAGCAGAACGACGACGGCACCAUCAAGUGCAGCCAGAGGGAGUACACGGAGAGCAUCGGGAAGAUUCCUAUUUCGGCCGAGCGCCGGAGGAACAAGGAAGCGAAGGCCACGGCUGAGGAGAGAGCGUUGCUCCACAGCGGCAACGGCCAGAUCCAGUGGCUGGUGCGCUCUACGCGUAUGGACUUGGCGUUCCGUCUGGUGGAGAGUCAGACGAGGGCUCACGACAGCGACCUGAAGGUGCAGGACUUGCUCGACUUCAACAAGCUGGUGAGCGACGCCAAGACAGACCAUGUGGACAUCACUUUCCAGAAGAUCAACAUGGACGAUGCGAUCGUGGUGGCCAUCGGGGACUCAAGUCACGGCAACGUGGGCAAGACGAAGACGGCGAGCCAGGCCGGACUGGUCAUCCUGCUAGCAGACAACAAGGACAACAAGUUCUUGCGCGGGAUGCCUACCAAGAUCACCCCUAUGCUGUGGCGCUCACACCGCAUUAAACGUGUGGUGCGCAGUACCCUUUCGGCCGAGACGAUGGCAGCUUUGGAGGCGGUCGAGAGUGGCGACAUGCUGAGGCAGCACCUGGUGGAGCUACACUACGGACUGGGUUACCGGACCCACAUGGAGGACGUCAAGGCGAUUACCAUGGUGGAGGUCACGGAUUGCAAGUCUCUCUACGACCUGCUGCAAAAGCGCGGCACGGUUCCCUCCGAGAAACGGCUGCUCAUCGACAUCGAGGCGCUCAGGAACGACAUCGAGUUUAACAACGUGGUGAGCAAGUGGGUGAACACUAAGCAGAUGCUCGCCGACUGCCUCACCAAGCACGACGUGCGCGCUGGCGACUACAUGAGGUACGUGCUGCAGACGGGCGAGUACCGGCUGACCGAGGACCUCAUGGCGGACCAGGUUAUCCAUAAGCAACGGACGGAGCUCAAGGGACGCAGGGGGGAGUACUACCGCACGAAGUACCCCAAGCGACAGCGACCUGCCGAUCAACCUUUCGUGCACGAGGGCUACACGUACUUCGAGGACUGCAUCGCAGACGUGAGGUACAAUGCGAAGGUCGUCCAACCUGCUCCGAAGCCAUACCUACGUUGGCGGAUGACGCUGGGCCAGCGCGAGAACGAUAUCUACUACGAGAAGCUCGAGGAGAUGGUCGACUGGUCCGGCCUGGACCAGGUGGUGAAGCGUCGGACGAUCCCGACGCACGUGCGUAAGUUGUUGACGAUCUACGCACCGACCAAGGGAGCCCUCGAGCGCUACGAGAAGGACUUUGCAGAGAAGCACACCAUCAAGAAGCCAGAUGCGACUGAGGAUCCAGAGGACAAGGAGGAGUUGAAUGUCACAUCGGAGAUGGAGAUGCAUGUGGAGUCAGACGUGAAUGCCAAGCUGGAUUGCACCGACGACACGAAGGAGAUCUACAUGAUGGACGCGACGGGGGCCGACGCUGAGGAGAUCAGGGCAAGCCCACAGGGAGGUGCAGCUGCGGCGUGGACUACCAUGGUAGUGUGUACUGUGUGUCGCAUGACGGUGGACCAGUGCGAGUGCGGGCCGAGGACACGGAAGAAGCCACACAAGGACAAGGCCGAAGACAAGAAGGUCCCCAGCGACAUAGACGACGGCAGCUGGCAAGAAGUCCCGAGUGUACGCGCCACAUCGGCGACACCGCCGACGCCAUCUAAGAAGCUUAUGCAGAAGGCAUACCGCCUACACGAGAAGACCGGACACGCUCCCUACGAGAAGAUCGAGAGUGACUUCGGAGACGUGCUGGAGGACGGGGUUCUAGAGGCGUAUCGUAUGGUGAUCGACGAAUGUGCAGUGUGUCGGAAGGCAACCCAGGAAGCUGGCAAAACCAAGUACACCAAGAAGUCAAGUCCGACGAACACGAAGUACAGGACGAAGGACCAAAGCAAGUAUAUUGACCCCGACCUGUGCGAGCACCCGACGGACAAGCGAACGAGAGCAGGGACCAACCAGUAUAAGGAGAAGAUCAAGUGCACUGAGUGCGGGACCCUACUCGUGGACCGCGACACGCCAUGGUGGAGCGAGGAGAAAGUGCUUCGGGCGCAGGCCAAGGCGGCGAAGGCACAGAUGGAGAGACAGGCGGUGGUCGCGCCCUACAAGAGGAAGAUCACCCAGCUGGAAAAGAGGGUAGACUUGGUGCGCGACCACAGGGCCGACUUUUGGGAGAAGCUGCAGACAACGGAGGAGGCUCUGAGGCGCUGCCAGAACCAGCUCAACUACCAGAAGGGCGCCCGCACGAGGGCGGAGAAGCAGCGCGACGAGGCCGAGCGCAAGCUCCAGCGCUUCGAGAACUGGUACUACACCUUCCUGAAGGUGUGCCUGCAGGAGCUGCCCACGAAGUGUGCGAAGCAGGUCAACGAGUACUCGAAGACUGGCGUGAGGCAGCUGAACUGGCUCUGGCGCAGCUUCCAGGAAGGCCAAGGCCCGCCCACUUCUCCCUGCGGCAACAUGGCCGCCAUCAACCCCGCGGUGGUGCUGCCAGAUAGCCUGGGGACUUCGCCCGGCCUGCCCGGCUACGCGCCAGGGCAGCGCGCAAUCGCCGAUCUACCCGCGCAGUUCGCGACGGAGUGCAGCAAGAUGAUCGUGUACUUCGCGGAUAACCUGGGCGACUACGAGUGCGACAUCCCAUGGGGAACUCUGCACGACUGCGCGAAGACUUGCGACUUCAAGAACAGGCCCGAGCCCUUCACCCUGAAGAAGGAGCCACCUGGCCAGUACUCCAUGCAGGUGUUCGUCAUCAAGAGGCCCGACGGCAAGCACGACAUCCGGAAAGACGUGAACCUCCUGGGGGUGUCCACCAGGACGGAUUCGUGCCUUCAGAUGUGUCGCGGCACUGGCCUGAUAUGGCGCUACGGUAACCAAUUUAGGGUUGAGCGCCUGGCCGUGCAGUACAUGCUGGAGAAGCUCUCACGCGUCCAAGAGGCUCCGCAGACGUUCGCGAGGCCCCCGAGAGCGAACGAACGGAGCCGCGCCCUGACGGCGCAGAGGCAAGCCAACUGA